UUUAGAUAAAAACGAGUUCAGGGAGAAAAGGAGGAGUGCAAUAUGGCUGAAGAUGGAGAGUUUGAACAACUGAAGAAGGAGUUGGAGAACAAAUCUAAUGAAAUUGAAGACUUAAGAACACAGAUAGAACAUCAUAAGGCUAUAAUAAAUUCACCUGAUACCCAUGAAGCACCAAUGCAGGAUGCAUACAAUCUGAAUUAUGAUGUGUCUGUAACGAAGACCUUUCCUCAUGUCUCUCAUUCAAAUAUGUAUCAAAGUUUGCACGGUCCAGCUAUGCCAACUUUCAACCACAAUACACAAGCUCCAGUGAAUAUGAUAACUACAUCUCCUUCAUACAAUCCUAUUAACAGUUAUACUCCAGCAAAUGCAAAUGUUGAAGCUGUUGUUAAAACCUUUCACAGUCAUGUUGAGGAUUUACAAAGAAAAUUAAAGAUUACCACUGAGAUGUGUGCUGAACAAGACUCUAAAUACCAAAAAUCUUUCAAAGAAAUGGAGAUGAAGCUGCGAAGGGCAAUCAAUUCAAGAGAUGAGCUUUUGAAGUUAAGACAAGCUGAAUCGAAUAACCAACAAAAAUUAAUUGAUCACCUCCAGUUAGCAUUUAAUAAAAUAGAAAAAGACAAAACAACAGUUGAACAAAAAUUAGAUGUGAAUACUGACCUUCUUAACACCAAACUAAAAGAGAUUAAUGAGUUAAACGAAAAACUUCUUAAGUUUGAAUCUCAACUUGACAAUGUCCUUAGUGUUAUGGUACCAGACUUAAAGAAGUUACAACUUGACUGUAUCACUGAUGUUAAUAAUGAGAAUAUAGUGAAGUUUUUAGAGAAGUUUGUUUCGUGUAAUCAGAAAGAAAAAGAUGAACUAGCAAGUCAGGUUAAAACAUUGACUGCGAAAAUAGAAACCAGUAAAAGUAUUUAUGAAGAACGCAUAAAAUAUGAGAAAGACGUACUUGAGGCUCAUUAUAAAGAGGUAAUCAAGGGUCAUGUCACCAAUCUUGAAACAAGAAAUAAAAAUGUUGAAGACCUUCAGGAAGAAAUUAAAAAUUUAAACGAAACUUUAUUAAAUGCUGAAUCAAGUCACCGUAAAGAAGUUGAAAGGCUUUCUGAAACAGCUGAUAAAGGCAAAGACAGAUUUGAGGCAGAGGUAAUGAAAGUCGAAAAUGAAAAGGAGGAAAUUAACCAGAAAUAUGGUCUUCUACAAAACAACUUCAAUGCAUUAAAAAAUGAAAAUGAAAAUUUGUUAUUGCAAAUAGAAACUCUGAGAAAAGAAAUACAAAAAUUAAGCGACGAAAAUAAAAAUGUACAGAAUGAAAUGACUGCUUUGGUUUCUAGUAACGAACAUCAAAAGACAUCGAUUCAUGAACUGCAAGAAAAGCUAGAAAUAACCAAAUCCAAUUUGCAUGACGAAAAAAUGAAACUUCAAGAUGAAGUGAAUCAAAAGAGCGCACAAUAUCAACAACUUUUACUUGAGGAAAAAAAAUUAAAAGAGAAGUUGAAAUUAGUUGCUGCAACCGUUGAAAAAGAUGUACAACAUGAAGAAAGACAAAAAUACGAGAAAGAAAUAAAAGAUGUAAAACAUGUAAUGGAUGACUAUAAGAGUGUGUUAGAAAAAGCAAAAUCUGAUUUGGAACUAAAAGAUGAAAUAAUAGCAAAAAACAAUAACUCUCUCUCAGAAUUAACUUAUACUUUGCAAAUUUCCAAUAAGAAAAUUGAUCACCUAAACAAAGAGAUCCAAUCACAAGAAGAGACGCUGAAUGUUAAGGAAAACAAAAUUGUGACAUUGUUGUUAGAGUUGGAUGAAUUGAAAGCGAAACUAGAUACUGCGGAGAAGAAUGAAACGCAACUAGCAAUGCAAUUGGAAAGUUUAAAUAACACUGUAGGUAGCUACCAAAAGGAAAUUGUUAUGUUAGAAAAGAAGAAUAUAGAGCUACUUCGGAAUGUCGAUAAAAGUAAUUUUAAAUCAGAUUUCAUACAACAGGAAUGGGACAAAAUUGUCAGUGCAGUGAACAAUAAGAACAAAGAGAUUGAAACAUUGCAAAAAGAGAAGAAAGCAAUUGUGAGAAAAUUAAAACAAAAACAUGAUACAUUGAAAAACUCUGAAACAAGAUGUAAGGAAUUUGUUGAGGAAUUGAACUCAUUGAAAGAGGCUUAUGUAAAUAUUGAGAAAGAACGUAGUAAGUUAAUUGAAAGAUGUGGUGUAGCAGAGAGAGAGCUAGAAGGUGUAUAUAGUGAACGAAAUGAACUUGAAGCAGUUGUCGUGCAGCAAGAAGACACACAAAAAGUUGAAAGAGCAAAGUUAUUGCAGCGUUUGAAAAUAUCAGAACAAGAUCUUGUUUUGUUGAAAAGCCUGUUAGAUAACCAGAAAUCAUCAGAUCAAAAAGCUGUAAAAGUAGCCAGUAUUACUCAAAAGGUGGUCACAAAACAACGUUCAGAACUCGACUCCCUUAAAACCAAGGUGCAAUGGAUGAAAGAAGCUUUGGACGUUUCUGAAACGAUAAGAAAAGACCUGGAGCUACAAGCAGCUGAUAAAGACAAAUCUAUUUCACUUUUGAAAAAGGAUAUUCUGUCUCUCUCUUCUCAAAAUAAGCAGUUAAAACUGCGCGUGGAAAAAUAUCGAAACGAAUCCGACCGCUUACACAGAGCCCUGAAACAGGCUGCAAUCAAAUACGAAGAUGUGUACUCAUUGGUUGAAAAGCAGGAGAUGGUGUUAAAAACAGAACGUGAAUCAUACAGUGCUGAGAUUGAAACUUUAAAGAGGCACUUAUCAUCGAGAACAUUGCAGAAAUAUUUUGUUCCUCAUAACGAAAGUAUAAAUACAGAAGCUGUAAACCAUGGAGAACAUUUGCGUCAUUUGUUGCACAACGUAAGGGAUAUGCUCUCCUCCACAUUGGAUGAAAUGAAAUAUACACCGGGUAGUAGAGCGGAAAUUAGCGAAGAAGCUGUAAAAAAGAAAUUAGAACACGACUUUUUACACGAUCAUUCUGAUGAGAGUCGUAAAAGUAUAGUUAUAGUAACCCCUGCUACUGGUAGAAACACUUUGAAACUGAACGAAUACAUAGAAAGGCAUUCAGAGGCUACGGAUAUGUCAUCAGCUGUAGACCUGACAAAAUAUCGGAAUAGUGAAAAUGAUAGGAGAGCUAAAGGAAUAACAACUACAUCGUCCCCUAUAAACGACUUAAAUUCUGUCUCAACCAUCGAGGCUAACUUUGUGGCUGACUCAACUUUAUCUUCUAUAUCGGACAAUGUCCUACUUUCGGAGCCUCUGGCAGAAAAAGAAGUCACCACCAGUCUAGGUAAUUUAGAUGCUGUUUCACGUUUGCAACAAAAACUUUCAAAUCUUAAGGAUAUGGGUACGAAUUUAACAAGUAAUAACGAAGAGCUGACAUCCAUGAUGAAAAAACAUUCAAACAAACUUCGGAAAUUUCAUGACGGAAUGGCCUAACGGUUAAUUUUAAAUGUACAUAACUGAAUUUUUACAUAGAUUAUUUAUUAAAUAAUAUAAAACACAGAAUGCGUUGA